CGAUGUGACGUCACUCCGUUUCCGCCAUGUGACGACCUGUUGGCUCCGCCCACCAUGCCCCGCCCACUGCCAAGAUGGCGGCGGCCGGAGCGAGGGUUUCCUGGAUCAAGGAGGAUCCUGAGAGCAGCAAAGCCGGGCCCCCAGGGGCCAACCUGGACAGAGGGGGAGUGAAAAUGAAGAGGAGAGCAGACACCGAGCUGCCAAGCAGCAUUCAAAGCAAACAGAAUAAACGCUUCGAAGAACUGGGGCUUAAUCUGAGUUCUACGUCAGACGAUGAGACCCAGUAUAGCAACCAUGGUACUCAAGAGUCUUCUACGAGUGGCACAGGCUCCGACAGCGAGUGCGAUGAGAGGAGACCUGUCUUUGGAUCGCAGAAGAAAGACAGCACCUCUGAGCUCCUCGGAGCUGGUACAUCCACCAACUACGCCAUGUAUAACAGUGUCUCCCAGAAACUCAUGGCCAAGAUGGGUUUCCGUGAGGGUGAAGGUCUCGGAAAAUUUGGCCAGGGUCGGAAGGAAAUAGUGGAAACAUCGAACCAGAGGGGACGCAGAGGCCUGGGUCUAGUCAUAAAAGGCUUUGAGAAAGAGCUCAAUGUGAACUGGAAGGAUGAACCCGAGCCUACAGCGUAUGAGGAAGUUGACUGGUUUCCAGAGUGCAGCACUGAAAUCCCUGAUGAUGACGAGCUGUCUGAUUGGAUGACAGUGGGAAAGAGGAAGAUGAUUCUAGACGAUGAGACUGUGUUCUGCAAAGAGAAUCUGCUUCGUAGCCUCCUGGAAUGCAAGAGUGCGUUUGACGAGCUUGAAGGUGAGGAGAUGAGAAGAGCGAGAACGCGCUCCAAUCCAUAUGAGAUGAUUCGAGGUGUCUUCUUUCUGAAUCGGGCUGCAAUGAAGAUGGCAAAUAUUGACCAUGUGUUUGACUACAUGUUUACAAACCCAAAGGACACUCAAGGGAAGUCUAAGCUGAAGGAUAGAGACUCUGAGUUACUUUACUUUGCGGACGUUUGUGCUGGACCCGGAGGUUUCUCAGAGUACGUGUUAUGGAGGAAGAAGUGGCAUGCCAAGGGAUUUGGGAUGACCCUAAAGGGCCCAAAUGACUUCAAACUGGAGGAUUUCUAUUCUGCAUCCAGUGAACUUUUUGAACCUUAUUAUGGUGAAGGCGGUGUGGACGGUGAUGGAGAUGUCACUCGUCCUGAGAACAUCACAGCCUUUCGCAACUUUAUUCUUGACAACACGGAUUGCAAAGGGGUGCACUUCAUGAUGGCUGAUGGGGGUUUCUCUGUGGAGGGUCAGGAGAACAUACAGGAGAUUCUCAGCAAGCAGUUGACUCUGUGCCAGUUCCUGGUGGGACUAUCCGUGGUUCGGACAGGGGGACAUUUCAUCUGCAAGACCUUUGACCUGUUCACCCCAUUUAGUGUGGGCCUGAUCUACCUAAUGUAUUGCUGUUUUGAACGAAUCUGCCUCUUCAAACCAGUGACUAGCCGACCUGCCAACUCAGAGAGGUAUAUUGUGUGCCGCGGACUGAAGGAGGGAAUAGAAGAUGUCCGCAAUUACCUAUUUACUGUGAACCUCCGUCUGAACCAACUGCGACACAGGGGCACAGAGGAGGAUGUUAAUUUGGUGGUACCGCUGGUGGUGCUGAGGGGUGAUAGGCAGUUCUUUGAUUACAUGGUCCGAUCUAAUGAAAGGUAUUGUGAGAAUCAGAUAAAGGCUCUGGCUAAAAUCCAUGCGUUUGUUCAAACCUCGACACUGAAUGAACCUCGUCAAGCAGAUAUACGGAAGGAGUGUCUGAAGCUGUGGGGGAUCCCUGACCAGGCCAGAGUGGCCCCAAUGAACACAGAUCCCAAGACCAAGUUCUUUCAGCUCAUCCAGAGCCGGGACAUUGAUGUUUUCAGUUACAAACCGAUACCACUCACUGCAAAGACACUGGAGAAGCUGAGUCAUGUUCUGGAUUACCGGUGUAUGGUAUCUGGGAAUGAACCAACGUUCCUUCUUGGCUUAGGGAGGUCUCAGAUCUACACAUGGGGCGGGCGACCCUCAGAUCGAUGGACUAAAUUAGAUCUAAAAACUGAGCUACCUCGAGACACCCUCCUGUCUGUAGAGAUAGUACAUGAGCUGAAAGGGGAGGGAAAAGCCCAGCGAAAGAUCAGCGCAAUCCACAUUCUUGAUGCUCUCUUCCUAAAUGGGAUGGACGUCCGACCACAGCAUUUUAACCAGAGGAUACAACUGGCAGAGAAAUUUGUGAAAGCGGUUUCCAAACCGAGCCGUCCGGACAUGAACCCCAUAAGGGUGAAGGAAGUUUACCGACUCGAGGAAAUUCAAAAGAUAUUUUUGAGGUUGGAAAUGAAAGUUAUUAAGAGUUCCGGGGGGGUACCGCGGCUGUCCUACACUGGAAGAGAUGAUCGCCAUUUUGUUCCUUACGGACUCUACAUUGUGAAAACUGUAAACGAUCCAUGGACAAUGGCUUUCAGCAAGAGUCACAACCGGAAAUAUUUCUACAACCUAAAGACUCAGAAGUCCAUGUACGAAGUCCCAGUGGAAUCUAUCGCACCAUUUCAUGUCUGCUAUUUCGAGCGUCUCUUCUGGGACUGGAUGGGUGGAGUGCAAAUUCAUGAAUCUCAGAUGCAGGAUCCAAAUACAGACAAGCUCUCCAAAGAAACCGUCCUCAAUUUCAUUCAGAUGCAUCAGCCCUGUUCCCCCUUGGGCGUGCGAGAAGAAAGGUAGUGCAGUCUUUGGGUGGAAUUAGCGACUGGUUGCUGGUUUACCUGCAACACGGAACCUCUUCAUUACAGUCAGUUGUUCCAAGACUCUGAACGCCACAUGUGCUUCUUAAAGAGAUUGUUUAUCUCAAGUCUGACCGAGACACCAUCAUAGAGCUGGAAUAAAGGAACUGCAGAGUUUACACUCCUGAUUAGAGGGACCUGCAUUGCACAGCAGAGAAGAUGAACUCAUUGUUUAAAAUGCCAGCGUUUCUCCUUAGCUCUGUCUUAUGUACAAAUAACUAUUUUUGUUGGUUUGUAGGAGGAGAAAGAGAUUCUUGAUUUGUUUUUACAUGUGUUAAAAAAGGCAUUACAACUCCACCAUUCUACAAGCGAUACUAAAGAUUUACGGGAUUAUUCAUUGGAGCAGAUCAGAAUAUAGAGCUAAAACAGAUAUCAAAUAUUGUCUGGGAAGGUAUUCACUAAGCUGUCACUGCACUCUUCCUAAAAGCAGACUUUUUCCUUCUCCCAAGAAAAAGCUAGACAUUAUUGCAGACAGACUGAUUCGGUACUGGAUUUUAAACAACAAAUAGGAAUGAGCAAUAAGCCUGUCACAGUGUAGUCUGGCACAAAAGUAAAACAAUUCUACCAGUUCUUACAUGACUAUGUUCGAGAAGGGAGCUAGGUAUAUUUUUCAGGGACAGAUGCAAGGUUUGCUAGAAUAAUUCUUAUAGGUGUGAAGGCAGAAUCCUUCCGUCACACGUGGGCAAUCAGAAGCGUACGUUGGUUUCUGUUUACCUGUAACCCCAGGGUUUCUGAUCAAGUUAAGGGAAGUUGGAGCCUUGUGUACAACAUACCACUGCAGCGGGAGAUUGAGCUUAAUGCAGACUUGUACCUGCCCGUAUGCGCUCUGUAUGUGCCUGAUCUUUCUGCACUGUAUUUGGUUUUUGUUUUGCAUGGCUUGUGAUUACAGCCUGGGACUUGUACCCACAUUAUUAGAGGUGCACAUUUAUAAAGAUGGCAAUAAAAAAAACAAA